AUGAGCUCAUAUUCAGCCUGGGAAAGCUGCAGCCUUGCCCUUCCUCCUGCUCUCCAUGAAAUGAGCCCCAAGCAGCAUGAAAUCCCUGACCGCAGUAAAAGGGGGCACUCUCGCAAACCGAGGGGAAGGUUCCACUUGAUGAACCGCUUCACCCUGGUGUUCCUGCUUCUGCUCAGCCCUACUCCAGUUCUUCAGGCCCCUUCCAACUACAGUGAGCCUGAACCCACCCCUAAUCACGAUCCGUUCUUGUACUUGGUUGGGCGCAAGAAGCUGCUGGACGCCCAGUACAAGUGCUAUGACCGAAUUCAGGAGUUGCCCCCUUAUGAGGGAGAAGGCCCAUAUUGCAACCGUACCUGGGAUGGAUGGCUGUGCUGGGAUGACACUCCGGCUGGAGUAACGGCCUAUCAGCAUUGCCCAGACUACUUUCCAGACUUUGACACAACAGAAAAGGUUUCAAAAUACUGUGAUGAAAAUGGAGAAUGGUUUAAACACCCUGACAGCAAUCGAACCUGGUCCAACUAUACUCUGUGUAAUGCUUUCACUUCAGAGAAACUGCACAAUGCAUACGUCCUGUACUACCUGGCGCUUGUGGGACACUCCAUGUCGAUUGCUGCUUUGGUUGCUUCCAUGGGGAUCUUCUUGUUUUUCAAGAACCUUAGAUGCCAAAGGGUAACGCUGCACAAGAACAUGUUUCUUACUUACAUACUGAACUCGAUCAUUAUCAUCAUCCACCUGGUUGAGGUUGUGCCCAAUGGUGAUCUGGUGCGACGGGAUCCAAUGCAUAUAUUUCAUCAUAACACACAUAUGUGGACAAUGCAGUGGGAACUGUCACCACCCUUACCCCUGAGUGCAAAGGAGGGAAAGAUGGACCCUAAUGACAGUGAAGUGAUAAGCUGCAAGAUUCUCCACUUUUUCCACCAGUAUAUGAUGGCCUGCAACUAUUUCUGGAUGCUCUGUGAGGGGAUCUACCUGCACACUCUCAUCGUGGUGGCUGUGUUUGCUGAGGAGCAACGCCUGCGCUGGUAUUACCUUCUCGGCUGGGGGUUCCCGAUAGUGCCAACCAUUAUCCAUGCCAUCACUCGUGCUCUCUACUACAAUGACAACUGCUGGCUGAGUGUGGACACCCACUUGCUUUACAUCAUCCAUGGACCUGUCAUGAUGGCUCUGGUGGUCAAUUUCUUCUUUCUGCUCAACAUUGUCCGUGUGCUUGUGACCAAGAUGAGGCAGACUCAUGAGGCAGAGACCUACCUGUACCUGAAGGCUGUGAAGGCUACCAUGGUCCUUGUGCCCCUGCUGGGGAUCCAGUUUGUUGUGUUUCCCUGGAGGCCCUCCAACAAGAUUCUUGGGAGGAUCUAUGACUACGUCAUGCAUUCUCUGAUUCAUUUCCAGGGAUUCUUUGUUGCUACCAUCUACUGCUUCUGCAACCAUGAGGUCCAAGUAGCCCUGAAGCGCCAGUGGGCACAGUUGAAGAUCCAGUGGAACCAGCGCUGGGGAAGGCGCCGCCGCCGCCCCACCAACCGCGUGGUCGCGGCUCCUCGUGCUACAGCCUUCGCUGAGCCAGGUGGCCUCCCCAUUUACAUCUGCCAUCAGGAACCCAGGAGUGCUCCCAUCAACAACAAUCAAGGCGAAGAGGGUAUAGAAAUGAUCCCCAUGAACGUCAUCCAGCAAGACCCAUCCGUCCCCCAGGAAGACUGAUCUGCUUGAACGUGAAGCUACCCCGAGCAUUGUGAUGUACUGAGCCUUCAUUUCCUGGGAGAAAGAUAGACCAUGCAUUUCAAGUGACCCCCAUCCUCCCAGGAGCUG